GCGGCCGAGCGACGCGGAGGCCUCGCGCUCGAGGAGUACGUUUUGUCGCCGGAUUUUCCACGUACUUCGGCGCUGUCAUUGGUCAAGGUCCGUCAAGGCUCCGCGAACGAGCCGUCCGCGUCGGGUAGAGAAGGUGUUAACCUCGCAUCCGGAGCGCUUCUUCUCUUUAUUUGCCGCGUUCCGGUCGGCCGGAACUCAGUCUCCCGAACGCCGGCCAAUGGGAGACUUGGGCUCGUCGCUAGGUUCACUCUAAUCGAUUCCAUCCGACUGUCAAAUAUCGCGCGCUCGGCUGGCAUCACUGCCCGAGGCAGCGUGGAACGGGCGAAUGUCACGGGUUCUCGGAAACAUCGGUAAUGAUCGAACGAUCGGCGCACCGUCGAGUUCGACACCCGUGCGCAAAGGUGACGGACUCACGUGGAUCGUCGGAGGGACGCGCGCCUAGGGGAACCUUGACCCGGUGGUGACAACGGGCGCGCGAACAACCCCGUGAACUCGGAUCGAGUUUAAACUACCUUGGCGCUGUCGGAAACCCCGACGCUGGUACUUUUCGGAGAAUUUCAAGAGCCCUCAAGUUUGACAGCUCCGAAACGUCGUCUCCGGAGGACGUACACAUUAGGACGGCAUCGAGAUGACGUCGACGGUAGUUUCGGGCCUGGUGCAUUUAUCGAUGCUGGUGACAUAUUUGCUCACCAAUUACUACACAUUCUUUAUUUUGGAUAUUCCCCUGCGGCAGACCUUUCGUAAUUUUGACCCAGGCCAAGUGAAAUAUCUCACCGUGUGGAAUCUGAUAAUACAGGCGGUCUUCUUCUUCAUUUGCCUACUUAACGACUUCUACGGUAGCAAUAAAGUCAAUCUGAAGAAGAGGCCUCUGAUACGCAAGAUCAAAGACUAUAUCCACGCUACAUUCAGCUUCCCGAUCGCCAUGUUUGUCGGGAUUACGUUCUGGGCCUUGAUGUUCGUCGACCGAGAACUGGUGUUGCCCAAAGCCCUGGACCCAUACUUUCCGUGGUGGUUGAAUCAUAUGAUGCACACCAUGAUUAUGGUUACAACAUUACUGGAGACGAUUAUCUGCCCCCGGCAGUAUCCUAAGCGAGGGAACGGUUUAGCGGGGCUUUCCGUUCUUAUGCUCGCUUACCUGGUCUGGAUGCACGUGAUCCACGCGAAAAGUGGAAUCUGGGUUUAUCCAGUGAUGGAGGUGUUGACCUUCCCUUUAAGGGUUGCAUUCUUCGCGGUGCUGUUUGUUUUCGUUACGAUCUUAUACUUUGCCGGAGAAUCGCUGGACAACCUCAUUUGGGGUAACGCACAACUUAAGCAACACAAAUCUUAUUCCAAAAUCAAGUAGCCUCGUCGUUUGCCGCUGGAAACAACAGAAAAUCCUCAGGUAAGAGCAGUAGGGAGAGAAAAUCAAAAUGAAAAGAUGUCAAGCUAAUUAUGCGUGAAAGUGCAAUAGUUAUUACAUAUAUAAAUUGUUAUUGUUCAUGCAUAAUACGUAAAACAUAGCUAAUGAAAUAAGGGAGCUAUUAGUCUCUCAAAUUGCGGUUAUCGGUGGCAAUUUAUGCAAAAACAUGUCUUUGAAGUGAGACAUUGGCAUACGGUUACUUUGAUUUAGUUUUUAGUAAUACUGGUACUCAACUUUUGAUGUGAAUAAGCGGUACGACGAAUUUGUAACAAUUUGUGACAUUUUAUAAAAAGAAAAUACACUAGGAUCAGGAAAUAGAACAUUCAUCUAGGCAGAAAUUAAAUUAAUGAUUUCCUAUAUGGUCAAAAUAUUGCGUUAUAAAAUAUUUUUCGUCUUGACCCAAAAAGGUCAAUAGGUACACUGCCUAUAUUACUGUUUACCAAAUGAAAUUCACAAUAAAUAAAUACGAUCGUUUUUCAUUUUUCUGAUGUAUUACUGUUAAAUAAAUCUAUUAUAUUAUUUUUA